UUUCAUUUCUCCUCCCAACUCCGUAUCAGUCAAAAUGACUGAGGUGAAGCUGUCUCCUCCGUACCCACCCCAUCAGUCCUGUGCAGCCAUGGGGCCAUAUAUAAAGCAGAGUCAAGCCUGGCAGCUUCUCUUCAACAAGUUUGUGUUGGUUCUUGGUGACUCAGUGCAGCGCUCCAUUUACAAAGACCUCGUUCUGCUGCUUCAGAGGGAUCAGUACUUGACUCUGCCUCAGCUGAAGUCCAAAGGGGAGUUUUCCUUUGAGUGUGACACCCUGGUGGAAGGAGGUCGAUUAGGUCCCAUGACUAACGGCACAGAGUACAGAGAGGUCCGACAGUACCGCUCUGACCACCAUCUGCUGCGUUUCUACUUCCUGACACAGAUCUACUCUCCGUAUAUGGAGAGCAUCCUGGAGGACUUAAGCCAAGGACUUAAACCUGAUUUCAUUAUCAUCAGUUCCUGUGCCUGGGACAUCACCAGACUCCUGUUGGAUGACCCCUUCCCAGUGGAUGCUGGCCAUGUGUUUUGGUCUGGCGUGAUCAGCUGUUCAUUCAGUCUCUACUUCAGGUACGGCCGGGGGAGUCUUGAACUAUACAAACAGAACCUCCACAAGUUCUUUGGCCAGAUUAAAACCAUUGUUUGCCAUGACUGUCUUAUCCUGUGGAAUCUGACUAUGCCACUUGGCAAGAAGAUCAAGGGUGGAUUCCUGGUGCCUGAAGUGAGCCACCUGCGCCCCACACUGUGUUAUGACAUCAUAGAGGCCAACUUCUACAGCAGUCGGUUGGCGGAGGCCUAUGGAUUGGAUGUCUUGGACCUGCACUUCCACUUCCGCCUCAGGCUGCUGCAUCGUAUGCCAGACGAUGUCCACUGGGACGCAUUGGCCCAUCGGCGCAUCAGCACCCUGCUGCUGCAGCAUGCCGCUGCUGCCUGGGGAGUAGACCUGCAUGUCCCCCUCCUCCCUCCAGGACAAGACCGAGAAGUGAACAUCAGACCCCUGCUGGCGCCAACACAGCUUGCCAAUCAACCUGGGCGGACUGCUGGUCACCACUAUGGAGGUGUAGAUCAACCCAUGCGUGACCCACUGCAGCUGCCCCCCUUUAGGCAGCAGAGUUCAGCUGCUGGUGCAGUCGGACCUUUUUACCCUCAGGUUCCUAUGCAGUAUUAUCCUCGUCCUCCUGCUGGAAACUGGAGAUUCUACAGAAGGUAUGAUAACCCUUUUCCCCCUGCAAACCCGUGGUUGGGGCCACAAGUUCAUCAUCAGGUUGGAGGUCAGAGUGCAGCAGGUGGAGAGUUCAGAUUCUGUCCUCAUUUCCAAGCACAUGAAUGCUAUAUGAGGAGGAGGAGGAGGAGGCCUAACAUCAGGACUCACCCAUACCUCCCCCAACCUCCCCAGGGGGCACCCAGAUACCCAGCGUAUGGAUGGUGGUGAGCUGCAGACAUUCCAUAAGAGAUGCAGGCGCUCUGGAUUCAACAUUAACUGGGUGGUUUGCCAAAAUGAAAUGACUAACAGAUGAUGAGUCACUGUCGGUGUUGAGAAAACACAUUGGGGAAUAAAGCAGUUCCCAAUAAAGCAGCAAAGGGGAGAGAAGGUUAAGUAAAAGUUAAGUCACAGACGGUUUCUGUGUGCUUCUGUGUGUGUUUAAGGUUGAUCAGAAGCACAGUGACAUGUACAAAGUGUGCACUAGAAUUGAUGAUCAGGGUUUCUACAUGUUCCUUAAGGCUAAUGAUGAUAGAAAAUUUGGACAUGUUUUUUGGCACAAGAAUGGAGAUAAUAAAAAGAUGUUCCACUCUG